UCAACAGUGCAACGUAUGGCAAUCUUGAGCGACGGCCAUAAUUCAUCACAAAUACCGAGGUUGAAUCAACAUACAUGGUCUAUAUCUGUCACGUGUUUCACAUUUAUUUUAGCACAACCUAUAUUUAAUUAUUUAUCAAUCACUCACUCACUAUAUAUUAACUUGACUCCUUCUCCAACCUCUCUAAUCAAUAUAUCAACUACUCGAUCAACUACUCAAGCACUCGCUAAGUUCAUCUUCAUUUUCUCCCUCUCUGCUCGAGGUCAGCGGGUCCAAGGUUUGAGGAAGGCGGUACGAAUAAAGUUCCGGGUGACAGGAAAAAUGGAAAUACAAACAGUUCCUAGUUUGAUAAACAAUUCUCACAACGAAUAUAACCAAAGUGAAACAACAGAAGCUGCAUCUUUUGAUGAACAAUUAACUGCUGCAUUACUUGGUGAAGACUUCCCUUAUCCUCUCCCUGCUAAAAACUGCACUACCUAUCCUGAUCAGUCUCACUGGGAUUUCGAGUACGACCUCGUCGAUCAGUUUAUCACGCCGCCUUCUUAUUCUUCCAAUAGCAGUGCAAGCUACGACUACGACAACAACAACAACAAUUAUGAUGAUGUAAAUGAUAAUACGAUGGUGAGCCCUGGUGUUCAAGAGCCCGGCCGCCAGUCGAAAAAGCGUAAGGAAGUGAUCACUGAGAAGCAAGCAGUGAAUGGAGGUACAAGGAAGAGAAAAAGGCAUCCUAGCCAAGUUCAAGAUCACAUCUUAGCUGAAAGGAAGCGCCGAGAAGUACUUGGCCACAUGUUCAUUUCUCUCUCAACCAUGAUUCCUGGUCUUAAGAAGAUUGAUAAAACCUCGAUAUUAGGAGAAGCAAUCAAACACAUGAAACACCUUCAAGAGAAAGUAAAUGUACUUGAAAAAGUGUCUGCCCAACAAAAGAGUGCGAGGUCGUCAAUGGUGGUGGUCAAGAAGUAUCAGCUGGGAGUGGAAAAUGACGACAGUGACGACACCGGUAAUGGUUCAUCGUCUAUAGUCAGCGACAAUAGCGCUAGCGACAGCGGCGGUGGUGGUGGCUGCGGCUCCAACGGUGAUAGUAGCAACAAUGCAAUGAAUCUUAACAACUCGAUACCAGAAAUCGAAGUUAAGAUAACGGAUGAGACCCUUCUCUUAAAAGUAUAUUGUGAAACACAAAACGGGGUUAUGGCUAAAUUAUUGAAAGUGGUGGAAAAUCAUCAUUUGAGCGUAACUAAUUGUAGCCUUUUACCAUUCGAUAAAUUGGCCCUAGACAUUACUAUUGUCGCACAGAUACAAGAGGGUUUCGACAUGAAUGUGAAAGAUUUUGUUAGAUCUAUCCGCUCUGUCCUCAGGCCGGCUGGCAUCUAAUUAAUUUAGGCCUCUCUUCCUCUUGUUUGGAUAUGUCUACCUUAGUACCUUGGUCUUGAAUCUAUGUACUAGUACUACGUAUUUGUUAUCAUUUCGUUAAUAAACUAACUUCUUUCUCCCCUAUUUUAUUAUUGCAAUAGUGCUUUUGAAUUUAA